AUGGUGGGCAUGAGCGUUCUCAAGUCUGCUGCUGCUUUUGCAGCCAGACUGAGUCCUCUAAAAUCGACAAAUAAUGCUGCUAAUUUUCUCAGUCGUACAGUCGCAAAGACAGAUAAAGUGGCAGUGCGUUGGGGUCAUGGUAAGAACAUGUUUAUAGUGAAACCCUCCGACUUCUAUGACAGGAGAUUUCUGCGCCUGUUGCAAUAUUAUGUCCUAUUGACUGGUAUUCCCGUGGCUGUGUUUGUUACCUGUGUGAAUGUUUUUAUGGGUGAAGCAGAACUGGCGGAGAUUCCAGAGGGAUAUGAACCUGAACACUGGGAGUACUACAAGCACCCGAUCACCAGGUGGAUUUCCCGAAACUUGUAUGACUCUCCUGUAAAAGAUUAUGAAAAGAUGAUGGCUGUUAUUCAAAUAGAGAAAGAGAAGGCUGAUAUGAGAUUGUUGGAGUUGGAAGUUCGACGACAAAUGAGGCAAAAGGGAGAUGGCCCGUGGUUCCAUUUGGCAACUCCGAAUAAGGAACUAAUUGACCACAGCUACAAAGCCAAUCCUGACAAUUAA